GGAAACAGAAGAAGACGAGAUUGAAUACGUGUUCAUCACUGUUUUGCCGUCUGUUUUCAUGAAAGACUUAUGUUGAACGUGUGUUGAAUCGAGUCCCGUGGUUGUACGCUGUGAAAAAACAUUAGGAAAUUCGACAGGAGCUUGAUUUUUUAGCCUAUUGAUAUGCCAUGAUCUUUGGCUAUCAGUAAACACCUGUCUAAACGGUGACGAAAGCGGGAACGUUCAUAGUGGCAUAUUAAUCAUUCGGAACAAUAUGCCUUCCAGGAGGAAUAAUUGUGAUCUCUUGGCCAGGGUGAAUUUCCCUUUGUAUACGCUGCAGAUGCUGACGGGGAGGCACAUUCUGGUCGGUGGUGGCGGAGGUUCCUCAAAGACUGGAGUUGCUAAUGGCUUUGAAAUAUUUGAAUUGUCUCAUAAUGGAUCUCAGUUCAUUGCGGAAGAAGUAACCAGACAUGAAACAGGUCCCAGUGUUGUUAUGAACUGUACAACAUAUAACGAUCAAAAGAGAAUCUGGAUUGCAGCUGGUCAAGAAAGUCAUUGUCAACUGUACAAUGUAACUAGUAAAGUGGUAACUACGAAGAAUGGAGAAAUUAUUAAAGGAACUAAUAGUACUUCUAAAGAAGGCAUUAGACAUAGAAAGAAUACGGAUAAAGUAGAAGAAACUAUUACACCUGAAGAGAGGAUAGAGGAAAUUAAGGAUGACAACUCAAAUAUUAAAAGUAAAAAGCUUCAAUUGAUAGUAAAACCAGCAGAUAGUGUACAAACAGAUUUCAGUGAAGAAGAACCACUUCAGAGGAUUGUUAGAAUAAGUCUAAAUGGAAAAUUUAUGGCAACUGGUGGCAUGGAUGGUCAUAUAAGAUUAUGGAAAUUCCCACAAUUACACAAAUUACAUGAUUUGGAUGCUCAUACAAAAGAAAUAGAUGACAUAGAUUUCAGUCCAGAUAGUACAUUAAUAGCAAGCAUAGCAAAAGAUGGCAAAGCAUUUAUAUGGAACAUGAGCAAUGGUUCUAAGUUCAAAGAUUUAACUUGGUCACCUCCAAAUGGAUUGAAAUAUAUGUAUAAAAGAUGCAGGUUUAGAAAGUUGGAGGAAAAAUCUAAAGCUCAAAUCUUUAUACUUUCCAAUGCAGUGAUUGGAAAGAAUAUUAGUUUUCUACAAUUGUGGGAUGUGGAAUCUGGAAGUAUUGUUAAGGCAGUGCCCUAUAAAGAAACUUUGUCUGCUUUAUCAGUAUCAGAUGAUGGAAAAUUUGUGGCAGUUGGAACAAUGUUUUCUGGUAGCGUGGACAUAUAUGUCGCAUUCAGUUUGAGGAGAGCUUUGCAUGUACCUGGUGCACAUAGUAUGUUUGUAACUGGCCUAGAGUUCUUACCAACUAAGUUAGAAAGUCCUACUAUUGCUAGUAACACUGAAACUGCAGUUAUUAGUAUUUCUGUGGAUAACAAAAUUUGUAUACAUAGUAUACCAUUUAGACACACACUACCAUUCUGGUUCGUCAUCAUAUUGAUUAUUCUUAGUAUUUGCGGAGCAUUCAUUUUCUGCAGUUAUCUCGGAAUAUGACCUGAAAGAAUGUAUCUUUAAUACCAAGUACUUUUUCUUAGAAUUUUCUAAUAUACAUCGAAUUUUCAGGCAUAUUCUUAGGUUGAAAUGUUAUUGAUAGUACGAAGAAGAUGCAAUAAUUUGUUCGAUUUUAUGAACUCAUAUGCACGAUUUUUUUGAUGAUAAAUAUGACUACUUAUUACUUAAUUGGUAGUAAACAAUUAUUUGUGUGUCAUUAUUCGUACAGUUGGAACUUCAAUUGUUCAGAUAAUGGUGAAAUAAGCAAAGUAAUGUUGCAAUAAGUACUACUUUAUACUAGGUAAAUUCUUUGACAAACAUAAUUGUAAAUAGGUAUCUCUAAAUAAGUUUUGUUUAGACACACAGUUAACUACUUACUUUUCUUAUAUAUUUUUUACAUUGUAAGACCAAUUUAUGCAGUUUUUUCUGUACAGGAAAUUAUAUCUUUCUAACUUUUAUUGCAUUUAUGUAAAUUAUAUCUAUAAAUUGCUCACAUGUACAGAUGUAUGUAGAUGUUAAUACAAAUAUUAUAUACGUACAUAAUGAAAUGUUAUAUAUAUAUACAUAUAUGCCAUAGUUAAAUGUUAAAUAUUAUUCCAGUCUUUGAUUACCAUGCUCUUGAAUAGGAAACAUCGUGAUUGGUCCGUCUUGAAAGUCAAAUUAAAUCAAACUGAUCACGUAUAAAUAGCACGCACGCAUCACGUGGAAUUUUAUUAGUUUUAUAAUGCAUUUCGUGGAAAACAGUAAUUUUUUAUGCAAGGAAAAUAUUGCCAUAGAAUAAGAAUUGGGCAAAUAUACUUUGUUAACUUGAAAAUCAAA